AUGGUGUUUGGAAAUCUUUAAGUGAUUUAUAUAAUGUUAAUAGUGAAGAUAAUGAUGUAUUUAAACCUCAAAUUUCUUCAAAUGAUGCUUUACAAAGGUAUCAACUUUGGCAAAAAGCUGUAGAGAAAAGUUUUGGUUGGGCUUAA